AUGGCCAAAAAAUCUGAACGCAUCCAAGACCAUAAAACUUCAAGUGUUGAAGAAAGCAACACUAACAUCAUGCAACUUUGUUUAUCAAAUCAUACCAUUACCUUGACACAAAAGGUGAUUGCAGAAUUCAUUGGAACAUAUUUUGUGGUAUUUGCUGGUUGUGGUGUUAUAGCAGUGAACAAAAUUUAUGGCUCUGUGACAUUUCCAGGGAUUUGUAUCACUUGGGGACUUAUUGUAAUGGUAAUGUGUUACUCGGUUGGUCAUAUAUCUGGUGGGCACUUCAACCCUGCUGUUACCAUCACUUGGGCCAUCUUUCGCCGGAUCCCGAUUAAAGAGGCUCCACUAUACAUUCUUGCUCAAUUGUCUGGAUCAAUACUUGCAAGUGGCACAUUGUCUCUAAUGUUUGAGAUCACAUCCGAAACUCAUUUUGGAACGGUACCAGUUGGAUCAAAUGCUCAAUCUUUAGUUAUUGAAAUCAUCACCAGUUUUCUCUUAUUGUUUGUCGUUUCAGCAAUAGCCACGGACGAAAGAGUGGUGAAUAACUUGACAGGUGUUGCAGUUGGAAUGACUAUAACGUUGAAUGUCUUUAUUGCUGGGCCUGUAUCAGGGGCAUCUAUGAACCCAGCAAGAAGUAUUGGUGCUGCCCUUGUGGUACAUGUUUACAAAGGGUUAUGGAUAUACAUUGUUGGUCCAAUAGUUGGAGCUAUUGGUGGAGCAGUUGCCUAUGACUUUCUUAGAUCCAUAGAGAAACCACAUUCAGAGUUACCAUUGAGGAACAUAGUUGUAGUUUGA